AUGGAUGAAGAGUUAAUAAAGAGUGCUGUUUCCUUCUUAAGGGAUCCACAAGUUGCAAGUUCCCCCUUAACUAAGAAAGUUGAAUUUUUAGAAUCAAAGGGAUUAAAUCAAAGUGAAAUUGAAGAAGCUUUAAGGAGAGCAAAUGAAGGUACGAAUUCACAAGUAGCUACUACUACCACUGCUAGUCCUACUGCUACUACUACUACUACUAGUGUAGUCAGUCCUUCACAACCUAAUCUUCCUCCAAUAGAUUAUUAUAAUGCCCCACCUCCUCCGCCGGAAAGAUCAUGGAAGGAUUAUUUUAUUAUGGCUACGGCAACUGCUGGUGUUAUGUAUGGAUUACAUCAAGUUGUAACUAAAUAUCUUAUCCCCACAAUCAUUCCACCUAGUCAAUCAGCUAUUGAGAAAGAUAAGGAAAGAAUAGAUGAGGAAUUUUUAAAAAUUGAUAAAAUCUUGGAACAAUUAACUGAAGAUCAACAAAAUAUCAAGAAUGAAAAUGAAAUAAAAUUAAAAGAUAUUGAUACUGUUAUUGAAAAUGUAAAUGAUUUUUUGAGUAGAUAUAAUAAAGAUAAAUUAAAAUUCGAUGAUGAUUUAAGAUUAAUGAAAUUAGAAAUUGAUAAUUUGAGUAAUAGUAUUCAAAAGAAUAUGAAAUUGACUAAAGAAGAUAUUAAUGAAGAAUUAAGUGAUAUUAAUCAAGAAUUACAAUCUUUAAAGAAUUUAAUUAAAGCAAGAGGUAGUACUUCUACUGGAAAUAAUCAAUCAAAUGGAGGAAUUGAAAGAAAGAUUGCUCCUGCAUCUUCAAUUCCAUCUGCUUCUGAAAUCUUAAAACGAGCAAAAGCAGCAUCAGCAUCUAAAGUUGAAGAUAAAUCAUCAUCAAAAGAAUCUACCCCUGAAAUAGUUGAGAAAAAAGAACAAUCUCAAUCCCCAUUAGCACAACAUGUUGAACCUGUUAACCAAUCAAGUGAUAGAGUUGGUGCAAUUACAGUGGGUGGAGUAACAGCUGGUGGUAUUCCAGCUUGGCAAUUAAGAGAUAAAGAAAGAGAAGAAAAAGAAGAAGCAGUAAAGAAGAUUGGUACACCUGAAGCUUCAUCUCCAGUAGUAGCAACAGCAGUAUCACCAACAGUAGGAUCAGGUAUUCCAGCAUGGCAAAUGAAUAAUAGUACUGGUGGUAUGGAUGCUAAGAGUGAAGAAGUUAUUAAGGAUAAAAUAGCAAGUAUUGGUGUUCCAUCAUGGCAAUUGAACAGUGCUGCCAAUCCUCAAUAG